UUUGCAGUUUGUAGACAGCGGCGGGGUUCUUUGAAUCUGCCAUGAUCAAAUCCACUCUGCUGGUUAGCUAGGGUUACGGCCACCGGCGCUUCCAGAGUCUGGAGACGGCGCGCGCAUGGCCGGAGACGACGCGUCGACGGGGACGGAGGUGGACGCGGGGGGCUUCGAGUUCGCCUUCGACAACGAGGCCUUCUCCGACAGGGUCCUGCGUAUAGAGAUCGUCGGCAGCCACGACGCGCCCGCCUCCGGCGCCAGCCGCAAGCGCCGCCGCGAGGACGCCGAUGGCGAUGAUGGAAAAGAUAUCGACUCCUCUUGUACUGUAAUGGCACUAAUGGGUACACCAGUCUUACGAGUCAAUACCAUACAUAUUAGUUCGGCGAUUCUUGCAGCACAAAGUACUUUUUUUCUCAAGCUUUUCUCAAAUGGCAUGAAAGAGUCUGACCAGAGACAUGCAACAGUUACAAUUGCUGAUUCAGAGGAAAAGGCCUUCAUUGAGCUUUUACGCUUUAUGUAUAGUGGAAAGUUGACACCAACAACCGAGCCCACUCUUCUGGUUGAUAUUUUGAUGGCUGCUGAUAAAUUUGAGGUUGUAUCUUGCAUGAAGCUCUGCGGUCAGCGGCUCAUAGACCAGCCUAUGACGCCAGAAUCGGCAGUGAGGUGCCUAGAUAUCCCACGUUCCAUCUCAAUGGCAUCUGCCGUCAAAGAGGUAGCCAAGACAUUCCUUGCUGAAAGGUACAAGGAAUUCCUGUCAACAAAGUUCCAAGAUGAACUGAUGAGGAUCCCUCUCGCUGGGAUUCAGGUUAUCUUAUCAAGGAACCGCCUCGGGAUUGAAUCUGAAGGAUCCAUCUAUGAUUUCCUGCUCAGGUGGGCCUGUUUGCAGUACCCAAAUUCAGAACAGAGACACAAGAUCUUGAGUUCACGGAUACUUCCACUGGUGCCACGAGCUCUCAGUAUGACGGAUGCCGUUCUAAUUGAUCACCCGUCUUGUAUAAUCAACUUUACCAUAAAGCGCGAGAAGUGCUUGGGGCUCUUCCCGUCAGGAGUUCUGCGUUCGCAGCCGUUCCAUUGCGCGGGGCGUGGCUUCUGCCUCCUGGCAGACUGCAAGAUGAUAGAGCAAGUACCAUUUUUUUCCAUCUUAGUAAAGAUGCUAGAAGAAGACAGGGGGGCAGCCAGCGGGGCAAUAGAUUAUAUCAUCGGGUUUAAGACCAGACCGUCACUCAAGUUCUCCACCAAGCACUGUCGCGCCACCACCAGCAAUAUUAGGCGAGGUGUUGGAUGCAUGAUUCCUUGGUCGAAGUUCAUUGCUGACGACAGCCACUUCAUUGACGGCAAAGUCCAUCUGCGGGUUCAGGUGAAGAUAACGCCGGAGCCAUAGUGAUGCGCGCAUUAGCCAUAAGCUUUAUGCGCCUUGCUGAAGUCCCUCUUUGUUUGUUUUUGUGGGCGAGGAGAAGCCAUUGUUAUGUGAAGCAUGAAGAAAUCUCAACUGGGGUGUUCCGGUAUUUUGCUAGCAUUUGUUCUCUCUUUGGUAACUGGAUUCUACUAGCAUGAAAUCAUCUGGAAUUUGUUGCUAGAGGUUUCACCAUCUCAAGUACCAGAUGCUAAACUUUGAAGUGUGCGCAUGUGUUUUGCUAUGCAGUGAUUCUAUGGAUUAUAGUUCUUGGCGAAUAUUAUGUGAUCAUCUGUUGAUGAU